GGCAGCGGCAGCAGCAGCAGCAUCAGCAGCGGCGGCGGCGGCGGCGGCGCCCGAGCCCUGAGGCGGCGGCGGCGGCGGCGGAGGAGGAGGAGGAGGCGACGGGCCGCGGCCUGCGGACUACGGGCAGCCGGGGCGGGCGGGCGCGCCGGCGGACAGUGGGCCGCGCUGGCGGCGGCGGUGGCUGCGAUGAUGGAGAUCCAGAUGGACGAGGGCGGCGGCGUGGUGGUGUACCAGGACGACUACUGCUCCGGCUCGGUGAUGUCGGAGCGGGUGUCGGGCCUGGCCGGCUCCAUCUACCGCGAGUUCGAGCGCCUCAUCCACUGCUACGACGAGGAGGUGGUCAAGGAGCUCAUGCCGCUCGUGGUCAACGUGCUGGAGAACCUGGACUCGGUGCUCAGCGAGAACCAGGAGCACGAGGUGGAGCUGGAGCUGCUGCGCGAGGACAACGAGCAGCUGCUCACCCAGUACGAGCGGGAGAAGGCGCUGCGCAAGCAGGCCGAGGAGAAAUUCAUCGAGUUUGAAGAUGCCCUGGAACAGGAGAAGAAGGAGCUGCAAAUCCAGGUGGAACAUUAUGAGUUUCAGACCCGCCAGCUGGAACUGAAGGCCAAGAACUACGCGGAUCAGAUUUCCCGCUUGGAGGAGAGAGAGUCCGAGAUGAAGAAGGAGUACAAUGCCCUGCACCAGCGACACACCGAGAUGAUCCAGACCUACGUAGAACAUAUCGAGAGGUCCAAGAUGCAGCAGGUUGGGGGAAACAGCCAAACCGAGGGCAGCCUGCCUGGGAGGAGUCCUCGCCAGUCGUGGAGGAAAAGCAGGAAGGAGCGCCCCACCUCUCUGAACGUCUUCCCCCUGGCCGACGGCAUGGUACGUGCACAGAUGGGGGGCAAGCUCGUGCCUGCGGGGGACCACUGGCACCUGAGUGACCUCGGCCAGCUGCAGUUGAGCUCCAGCUACCAGUGUCCACAGGACGAGAUGUCCGAGUCGGGCCAGUCUUCCGCGGCUGCCACGCCCAGCACCACGGGCACCAAGUCCAACACGCCCACGUCCUCCGUGCCCUCGGCGGCGGUGACGCCGCUCAACGAGAGCCUGCAGCCGCUGGGGGACUACGGCGCCAGCACAAAGAGCAGCAAGCGGGCUCGGGAGAAGCGCAACAGCCGCAACAUGGAGGUCCAGGUCACACAGGAGAUGCGGAACGUCAGCAUAGGCAUGGGCAGCAGUGACGAGUGGUCUGAUGUUCAAGACAUUAUCGACUCUACCCCGGAGCUGGACAUGAGUCGGGAGCCCCGUCUCGAUCGCACGGGCAACAGCCCAACCCAGGGGAUCGUGAACAAGGCUUUUGGCAUCAACACUGACUCCCUGUACCACGAACUGUCGACCGCGGGGUCGGAGGUCAUCGGGGACGUGGAUGAAGGAGCGGACCUGCUAGGGGAGUUCUCAGUGCGCCAUGAUUUCUUUGGAAUGGGCAAGGAAGUGGGGAACCUGCUGCUGGAGAACUCACAGCUUCUAGAAACCAAAAACGCUCUGAACGUGGUGAAGAAUGACCUCAUCGCCAAGGUGGACCAGCUGUCCGGGGAGCAGGAGGUGCUGAAAGGGGACCUGGAAGCUGCCAGACAGGCCAAAGCCCGGCUGGAGGGCCGCAUCAAGGACCUGGAGGAAGAGUUGAGGAGAGUGAAGUCAGAAGCCAUCAUCGCCCGCCGCGAACCCAAAGAAGAGGUGGAGGAUGUAAGCAGCUAUCUCUGUACAGAAUUGGACAAGAUCCCCAUGGCGCAGCGCCGCCGCUUCACGCGGGUGGAGAUGGCACGUGUGCUCAUGGAGCGGAACCAGUACAAAGAAAGGCUGAUGGAGCUUCAGGAGGCCGUGCGGUGGACCGAGAUGAUCAGAGCAUCCCGAGAGCAUCCGUCUGUCCAGGAGAAGAAGAAGUCCACCAUCUGGCAGUUCUUCAGCCGCCUCUUCAGCUCCUCCUCCAGCCCCCCUCCGGCCAAGCGCUCCUAUCCCUCGGUGAACAUUCACUACAAAUCACCCACCACGGCCGGCUUCAGCCAGCGCCGCAGCCAUGCCAUGUGCCAGAUCUCGGCUGGUAGCCGGCCUCUGGAGUUCUUCCCCGAUGAUGACUGCACUUCGUCCGCCCGCCGGGAGCAGAAGCGCGAGCAGUACCGGCAGGUGCGCGAGCACGUGCGCAAUGACGACGGGCGGCUGCAGGCCUGCGGCUGGAGCCUGCCGGCCAAGUACAAGCAGCUGAGUCCCAAUGGGGGCCAGGAGGACACGCGGAUGAAGAACGUGCCUGUCCCCGUGUACUGCCGCCCUCUGGUGGAGAAGGACCCAACCAUGAAGCUGUGGUGUGCUGCGGGCGUCAACCUGAGUGGGUGGAAACCGAGUGAGGACGACUCCGCGAAUGGAGUCAAGCCCCCGCCAGGCCGUGACCCUCUGACCUGCGACCGGGAAGUGGAAGGAGAGACCAAGAGCAAUCACACGUCCCCCGAGAAGAAGGCAAGAGAGCUCCCCGAGGUGGAUGCCACCUCCAGCCGCGUGUGGAUCCUCACCAGCACCCUGACCACCAGCAAGGUGGUCAUCAUCGAUGCCAACCAGCCGGGCACCGUGGUGGACCAGUUCACCGUCUGCAAUGCCCACGUCCUGUGCAUCUCCAGCAUUCCAGCGGCCAGUGACAGCGACUACCCUCCGGGGGAGAUCUUCCUGGACGGCGACGUAAACCCAGAAGACUCCAGUGCAGACGGUGUGCUGGCGGGUAUCACCCUGGUGGGCUGUGCCACCCGCUGCAAUGUGCCACGCAGCAACUGCUCCUCCCGAGGGGACACCCCGGUGCUGGACAAGGGCCAAGGGGAGGUGGCUGCCGUCGCCAACGGGAAGGCCAACCCAGCUCAGUCCACGGAAGAGGCCACAGAAGCCACGGAGGUGCCAGACUCUGGGCCCAGCGAGGCGGAGGCAGCUGCGGUGCGGCCCGGGCCCCUCACGGAGCACGUCUUCACUGACCUGGCCCCCACCCCGGCCCCCAGCACCCAGCCUGGCAGCGAGAACGGGCAGGAGGCCGACACGGGGGGUGUGCAGCCACAGCCAGAGCCCAGCGCAGACCCUGCGGGGGCCAGCACCAGCGCUGCCCCCACUAUGUGGCUGGGAGCCCAGAACGGCUGGCUCUACGUGCACUCGGCUGUGGCCAACUGGAAGAAGUGUCUGCACUCCAUCAAGCUGAAGGACUCCGUCCUGAGCCUGGUGCACGUGAAAGGGCGAGUGCUGGUGGCCCUGGCAGACGGAACGCUGGCCAUCUUCCACCGAGGCGAAGAUGGCCAGUGGGACCUGAGCAACUACCACCUGAUGGACCUGGGCCACCCACACCACUCCAUCCGCUGCAUGGCCGUCGUGUACGACCGCGUCUGGUGCGGCUACAAGAACAAGGUGCACGUCAUCCAGCCCAAGACGAUGCAGAUCGAGAAAUCAUUUGACGCCCACCCACGGCGGGAGAGCCAGGUCCGGCAGCUGGCGUGGAUCGGCGACGGGGUGUGGGUGUCCAUCCGCCUGGACUCCACGCUGAGGCUCUACCACGCCCACACCCACCAGCACCUGCAGGACGUGGACAUCGAACCCUAUGUCAGCAAGAUGCUGGGCACAGGCAAGCUGGGCUUCUCCUUCGUGCGCAUCACAGCCCUGCUCAUCGCGGGCAACCGCCUCUGGGUGGGCACCGGCAACGGCGUCGUUAUCUCCAUCCCGCUGACCGAGACCGUGGUCCUGCACCGAGGCCAGCUCCUGGGGCUCCGGGCCAACAAGACCUCCCCCACCUCCGGAGAGGGGGCCCGUCCGGGGGGUGUCAUCCACGUGUACGGCGACGACAGCAGUGACAAAUCAGCCAGCAGCUUCAUCCCCUACUGCUCCAUGGCCCAGGCCCAGCUCUGCUUCCACGGGCACCGCGACGCCGUCAAGUUUUUCGUCUCCGUGCCAGGGAACGUGUUGGCCACUCUCAACGGCAGCGUGCUCGACAGCCCGUCCGAGAGCCCCGGGCCGGCCGCCCCUGCCUCUGAAGCCGAGGGCCAGCAGCUGAAGAAUGUGCUGGUGCUGAGUGGCGGGGAGGGCUACAUCGACUUCCGCAUCGGCGACGGAGAGGACGACGACACGGAGGAGAGCGCGGGGGACGUGAACCAGGUGAAGCCCUUGCUGUCCAAGGCCGAGCGCAGCCACAUCAUCGUGUGGCAGGUGUCCUACAGCCCCGAGUGAGGCUUCGGCUUCCGGCGCCCCUCCUGCCCGACGCCAACGUGUACAUACGACCCCGCCCGCCUGCCCACUGCCCGCCCUGCGGGCAGCCCGGCGCCAGCCCCUCUUCUAACCUCUCAACCUGCAGCUUUCACCUUAACGGCCGGGCGUCCCCGACAGCGGGCGGCAACGUGGGUCAGGGAGGCAGGGAAUCCGGGUGGCGCUCUCACCAGGAAGGGGAAGAACCUCUCCAGACAGACGUGCUUUCCCCGGCAGCUUGUGGCCGGCCCCCCAUCCCAAGUUCCCACGUCCCAGGGGCCCUUUGGGGCCAGAGCGAGGCAGGAUCCCGUGGUAGGUCAGGCUGGGAGGAGGCCCUACAGGCAGCUCCCAGCUCCCCCCGGGGCCCCCCCACUUCCCGUGCUCCUGGAGCAGGAGGCAGGGAUUUCCGCCCGCCAAGUCUUCCCAGCCGGAGCCCACUAGCCUUUGCCUGCUGCCUGAAGGGGGGGCCUGACCCUAGGGGGGCCGGCCCAGCCACUAGCCUUCCCUGGACGCUCCCCACCCCGCUCCCUGCCACCCCGGGAACUGGCAUGAAAGCGCGUGACCAGCCUGCCUAAGGCAGAUGCCCUCUUUCUGCUCGCUGUGUCGGGCAGGAGACCCCCCCCCUGGCAGGAGCAGGCUCUGGAGUCCUACCCAUCCCAGAAACCCCUAGGGUGGAAUUUCUCAGGCUGCCAGGGCAAGCCCAGGCCUCAGGAAGAAGGGGGAGGCCCCUGGCCUCUCCUGGGGUCGGUCCUAAGAUACAGGCUCAGCCUCAGGGUGACGGGGGAACUUGUCUGGGGACUGCCUCCCACAGUUUCCAAGGAGCCCAGCUCCCGAGACACACUCUAAGUGCCUAGGGCUGGCAGUGUGGCCGGCUCUGGGUGUGGAUGGCCACUUGCUUUGAGGGGUGCCGCCCUGGACUGCUGCUCCCUGAACCUACUGGAGAGGGGCGCUGGUUGGGGCAGCCCCCGGCCCUGCUGCCCACCCACCUCCCACCAGAGAAGCACACAUCUCCGGCAGCCUCCCCAGGAGCCCAGCCGGCCUGGCCACAGCCCCGUGCAGCUGCAGGCUUCCCCCCACCACCCUGCCACCCUCCACUGUGAUGUACGUUCAGUCCCUUGUCUGUUCCCACAGGCCCGUGCAGUGACUCGGGGGCUAGCUGGGUGGGUGCGGCUGGGGGGAGGGGCUGGGCGGACAUUCUCCUCAGGCUUUGGCCCUGCAAGCAAACCCACGUAUCUGCUCUGUAUGUAAUAAAUGUCUUAACACGUAGCUCUGUGUCCCUGGGCCCAGACCGACGUGAGCAUAAGCACUUCACUUUAUUGUAAACAGAAGUGCCGGCGAGCCUCAGCGCUGGC